GGCACUUCCGUCGCGGGCGGCGGGCGGGCGAUGGCGGCGCAGUUCCGCAGCUACGUGUGGGACCCCGCGCUGAUCGUGGCGCAGAUGGUGCUGCUGCAGGCGGGAUACUACAGCUCGCUCGGGCUCUGGCUCGCCCUCCUCGGCACCCUGGGCAGCACCGGACCCUCCCUCCAGCAGGUCUUCAGCGACGAGAUUUUAGGCUUCUCAACCCCGCCGGGGAGGCUCUCCAUGAUGGCUUUCAUCCUCAAUGCACUCACCUGCGCUCUGGGCUUGCUGUACUUCAUCCGGCGAGGGAAGCAGUGCCUGGAUUUCACCGUCACCGUUCACUUCUUCCACCUGCUGGGCUGCUGGAUCUACAACUCGCGCUUCCCCUCGACGCUGACGUGGUGGCUGGUGCACAUCGUGUGCACGGCGCUGAUGGCGGCCAUCGGGGAGUACUUGUGCAUGAGAAUAGAGCUGCGGGAGAUCCCGCUCAACUCCGCCCCCAAAUCCAACGUAUAGACUGCCUCUGGCAACAAAAUGCUGCCUUCUGUCAUUGUUCCCAGCACAAUGCAUCCGAUGCCUCAGAAUCAUCCCUGAAGAAGCACAGCAGGUCUGUUUAGACUUUAUGAUUUUUUUUUUUUUGGACCUCGGUGACUGCAUGAGUGUGAACAUCUCCUCUGGCAUCGGCUGACAACGGGGGAGGAGCAGAUGUUUAUUUUGUUAACACAAAGUAUUAAUAUGACUGUAUGGAGAGCGUGCCCUCUUCAGUCAUGAGACUGUUAAAAGCCAGGUAGCAAAACUUGGUGCGUGAGGAGCAUUUGGAAUUGAACGAUGUGGGAGUGCCCUGGAUGGGUAACAAUGAUCAGCUCUUCUUGCCAGAGCUGGCACGGUGAGCAGUGGGGCUGGGAGCUGCUGUUUCCAAUCUGUGACUUGUUUGGGCUUUGCUUGGGAAAAGUCAAGGAAGUGAAUGGAUGGGGAGAAAGGAAAUAGUUGUACUUACCUGAAUCACCAGCUGAGACACUAAAUAACCUGUAAUGUUAGAUGGGUUUGUUUGCUGUUUCCAUGUUUGAUACACAGAGGUUACAGACAGCAGUUUGCUGAAGAAAUCUUUUGUAAUAAUAAAAAUAUAAUGUUGCUGUGAGUGUUACGGCUCUCCUGGGAAGCUGAGCACUUCAAGAAAUACCACAAGUGUCUGUAUCAUGGCAACAGAAGUUUGCAGCCAGAGAACACUUGGCUGUGAGGUGCCCACUGUCUGGGGCACAUAAAAUUUCCUACAAUAAACAUUUCAUACCUCUGCUCUGAAAAGAAGGCAUCUUUGAGUGCUGUCUUGGGGAGUCAGCUGGCAUAAUCCCACUUCAGAGGGAGUGUCAGCAGUCCAGGAUCUCCACAUGUCCAGCCUGAGCCUAGAGCUGCCCUGGGGAAACCUGCAAAAGGGUCCUGGAGCCAUGAUGCUGUUCCUCCUUGGAUGGACUUUCCCAUCAGGCUUCAGCAGUCCAGCAACAGGUCUGGCCUGGUAGAAGCGAUGUUAAGUAAGAAACUGCUGUUAUUUCUCACAUAUUUAGAGACCCUUCAAAUAAACUUUACCAGGCAGGGACAUCCCCUGAUUGCUGAAGGUCCAGAGCUGGGUGGUUCCUCCAGAUCCUUCAGCCCAAGGAAGCAGCCCCAAAUCCUGCCUGGUUUCCACUGAGGAGUGGCCAUGUUGUGCAAUCCCAAACAAGGGCAAAGCCAGGUCUAGAGACAGAUUUUUGUCCUGUGCAGCAUCUUGCUGCAGUAACUUCCCUUUGUAUGUAAAUGUUUGUAAGAUUUAAUUUGCGUAAAUUGUUUGCUAAUUGAGUUUGUUGGAAAGUGGUGGGAUGAUGUGAGACUGAUAAACUCUCUCAAGCUGCUCUU